CACGCGCGAACCAGUAAAGCUUGAUAUAUUCGUCAAAACGCCUUGAAACUGCUCGCUUUAAAGUGCAGAAGCAACUCCUGCAACUAAAGAAGUGAAAAAUGACUGCAAGCAACAGCUGUUCAUCUCUUCUCAAAGAUAUCAUUGCUUAUGUUGAUGUGUGGUCAUCAAACAAAACUGCAAACUUUUCAGAGCCGUUCAUUCAGCAGCUACAAGAAAUGGGAGCUCAGGUAUCAAAAACAUUCAAUAAACAAGUUACACAUGUAGUCUUCAAUAAUGGUCAUAUAGCUACAUGGGAGAAAGCCAAGAAAAGGAAUGUGAAGCUCGUAUCUGUUUUGUGGGUAGCGAGAUGUCAUGAAGAUGGGGUGCAUGCUGAUGAAGAUUUGUAUCCAGCCCUGAAUGAUAAUAGUGAUCCUGUAUUGAAAAAAAAGAAACAUCGUUGCAUGCAGCCAAGAGAUUCUCCAGAGAAGACGCCUGAAAAUGACAGACGCUUGAAGAAAAAAUUAGAUAAAAUGAUGAGAGAUCUCGGCCACAAACCAUUUCUGGACACAGAUGUGUCACCCAUCAUAAUUGAUGAAGAGAGCGGUAUAGUCUAUAGCCCUGCUUUUAAGAGGUCAGACUAUAUGGCACAGCGUCUGAAAGAUAUGAAAGAGAAACACGAAAACCUCUCACCUACAGCUUCACAAGCUGUUGAAUCCUGCUCACCGUCUGGGCCGAAGCCUUCUCUUGGGAGCACACCCACGACCUUCAAGUAUGACCAUUUGGAUAGCAAUUCCUGCGCUUCUGUUGCAGAACAUGGCUUUUCAUUUGAUAAGAAACGGAACAGAACAGUAUCCGAUGCCACGGAUGAUGUUGAAGGACUCCAACGGAAAAACUGUGAAAAGCCCUGGCUCUCCCCCUGCCGUGAUGUGCCAGAAUGGAUCUCAGUACAUCCUCUGGAUUGCCCUGACUUUGAAGAUGAAGAAGAAUGGGAUAAACAAAAAGUGCAGAGGAGGUUCUCAGUUAGAAAAAAGAAAACAGAGAAACAGAGCAGCGUAGGAUUAGCCAUUUCGUGUCAAGAUGGAUGUGAUGACAGCAACAGCUGUCACAAAGAAAAGACACGGUCAAAGAUAAAGGAUCCCAGUCCUGCUGCUAAAAAAAGUGAGCUGUUGCCUGAUGCAUUAAACAAGGGAAAGACUAAAGCAGCAAAAUCCUUUACAGAGAAUAAUGCAUACAUUUAUCCAAACUCUUUGAACCUCUCUAGUUGUCUCUCAUCCCCAGGCAAUUUAGAUGAAGCUACAGUUGAGCCGACUGAAGGAAAUGCUUCUCUGUUACAGAAAAUGCAUGAGAAAAUAUCUAAAAAUGGAAGAUCCUCAAAGUGUGCCUUGGUACCAUCUUUGACCUUACCGAGUGAACCUCAGAAUCUCGCCUCUCAUUCCACUGAUGGUAAUGACAACUCUUAUGAGGAUUAUUUCUCUCCAGUAAACAACCACCAGAGAAGUCUUAUGCCAAGCCUACCUGUAGACAGAAACAUUCUUGUUCCUUUUGUACUGGACUCUGUCCCAAGAAAAAGAAAACAAAGAUGUGAAAGCAUUGUAUCUAAAACCAACAUAAAGAAGAGUAAACUGGAAGAAAGUCAGAGUGGAAAGAACCACACUCAGCUACUAUGUGGUAGUGUAAACUGUGAAGCUCAGAAACAUCCACACCAAAAUGCUGAAGAACCUGCAUCUCCUGUAGAGAGUAACUGUGCCAUUGCAUCUCCCAAGGCCAGCAACAAAAGAACACAAAACAGAACAAAUGCAAUAACAACUGAUGAGUUAAAACAGAGAAGAGCAUUAACAGGUGAACAUCUAACGGUAACGGAGACUGACGAAACACUGGACCUGUGGAAAAACUCAGAUGUCAGUGUGCGCGCUCACGCUGUAGAAUUGAGAGGAAGUGAAGGUGCUGCAGCUGGUUUAACAGAGGUCGUCACUGAAGAUGCACAGAAUUCAUAUAAGCCAGUCAGCUUCCUUCAUCAGAAUUUGGACAGCAAAGCAAAGACUAUGAGAACAUUAGUCAUGACGAGCAUGCCCACUGAGAAGCAGCAUACAGUGCUUCAGGUGGUAAAAGCACUGGGUGGAUUUUCAGUUGUAGAUCAAGUAUGUGAAAGCACAACUCAUGUGGUAUCUGGGAGUCAGCGGCGCACUCUAAAUAUUCUAUUUGGCAUCGCCCGGGGCUGCUGGAUCCUGUCUUAUGAAUGGAUUCUGUGGUGUUUGGAGAAAAGACAGUGGGUUCCAGAGGAGCCGUAUGAACUUUCAGACCAGUUCCCUGCAGCACAGAUCUGCCGCCUCCAGCGACACCUGUCUGCCGGGGAGCACCAGCAGGACCUGUUCCAAGGGCAGCCAGCCAUGUUUGUGUCCCAGCAUUCCCAGCCGCCUACUCAGAGUUUGGUGGAGCUGAUCCAGCUCUGUGGAGGAACCGUGUGUAAAACUGUGCGUCAGGCAGGUAUUUGCAUCGGGAAAUACAGCGGCAGGAGACCGGAGGGAAGCAGGAUCCUCUCUGAGCAAUGGGUAUUAGACAGUAUCACAUAUCUGAAGCAACUGUCAUAUGAUGACUAUUAUUUAGAGUGAAAAGUGUUAAAUCUGUUUUGUAGUAGUGAAGUCUUGUUUAUUCAAUUGAUGCUGGAUAAUGUAACACAUUAUCUCUUUCAAUUUCAGUGUUCCUCAUUUUCAGUUUGUCUUGGAAAUAUGUUCAAAAAGGUUAAAUAAAUAUUCUGUAAUGUGAUAUUGAACAUGCAAACUCGCUGGUUACUAUGGAAACCUCAAAUUUAAGAAUGUCAACUAUUACUUUGGGUAUAACACAGAAAACAGUAUAGAUUUUGAAAGCACAGCUUAUAUGUAAUUUCCAUUUUAAUAUUUUAUUACUGUUUAUACUCAACUACUACUACUGCGCAGAUGUGGAUAUUUUUGCAACCAACAUGAUUUUGAGCAACAAUCUUUAUUUUAUUUUAAUACUGUGAUUUAGAGCCAUUUUAUAACCUCUGUUGGACAUGCUUGUUUAUUGGACUUGUUUUGUCAUGCCACUGUUGGUAACGAAUUACAGAUUUGAUGGAUUGAUAGGAUUUUAGUAUUUUAUAAAUGCUGUCACUUCAUAGCAAGCAGGUUAUGAGUUUGAAGCCCACUAUAGGCCCUGUCUUUGUAGUUUCAAAUGUUUUCUGUCUGCAUAGUUUCUUGGUUCUCACUCUGCACCCCAGAUUCUUUCCGUGGUGGGAGAGGAGCCUGAACACCCCAGCAGGAUUAUUAAGUUGAUUAACCAUUUUCUUGUUAAAUGUACU